UCGAACAGCAAAAGCAACAGCGCACCGCCGAAACCUUCCCCUCCGUCUCGUUCUCUUCAGUGUUCCCAUCUCGGACGGCGCCUCUCCUCCGCUCCUCCGUGAUGGAUCCCAAAGCGGCGGCGAAGUCGAAGCGCUCUCACACGGUGCAUGGACGCCGCGCCCACCAGACCCCUGCCGCGGCGGCAGCGCACAGGCAGAAGCGGGCCGCCGCCGCCGCCACCUCGUCCGGGCCCCGCAGCCGCAACCUCCCCUCGAAUUGGGACCGAUACGACGCCGAGGGCGAGGCAGAAGACCCCGCACCCGCCGCGGAAUGGACCGGCGAGGUGGCCCCGCGCAGCAAGGGCGCCGACUUCGGGUUCCUGCUAGAGCAGGCGCGAGCGCAGCCCCGCGAGGCCCGGGGCCUCGGGGCGCCGUGGCUCCCCUCCCAGGAUUCGCCGUUUGAUUUUAUGCAAGCCUCUACAUCUAUGUUCGAAGCUAAAGGUGAAGGGAUCUUGUCCUGGUGUGCUGAUGAUAACUUCAUAUUAGAGGACGAUUUAGCACCAGAUUUCGAGGUGCCUUUUCUUUCAAUGGAUUUGCAUGCAUUGGCCAACCAGCUUUCAAAGCUUAAGCUUUCUCAGAGACUUUUUGUAGAAGAAGAUCUACUACCUGAGGAUCUGGCUGAUGCAUCGAAAGACAAUGAAAUACUGAUUGAAUGUGACACUUCUGUGGAAAGUGAUGCUAAAGUCAGUUCAGUUGGGCAUAACUUGAACUUUGAGCCAUGGAAAGAUGCAAGUCAUCAUGAAUGUGCCGGCAACACCUAUUCUGAUGAUCAAAUGAAAUCAGAACGUCAGUCGCAAUGUUUUGAACAUGAAGCUACUACAUCACCCAAGAUUAGUACUCAUUUAGUGAAUUCGGACAGUGAAGAAGAUAAGACAUAUAAAAGAACCAUGGAUACUGAUCCUGAUACAGGGCUUAGCAAAGGGUUGAAGUUUGAGGUGGGCUCUGCAGAAGAAGAACUUGACAUGCUCCUCAAUUCAUUUAGUGGAACUCACCUUUCUAGCUCCAACUUGGAUGAAUCAUUUGGACAUGAUUCAACUUCUCAAGGUGCAAAGAUCAGUUGGUCGAACAAGAAAGUUACACCUAGCAUGUCUUCCCAAUCACCUCUUGCACCUGUGGACAAUGCUCUAGAUGACUUGCUUUCAGAGACUUCCAUACCUGAACAGAAUGAAGGUUUUGCUACACAAGUUUCAACUUCUCAACCAACUGUUAGAUCUGGCCAGAACUUUGACUCCGGAUAUGCUAUGAAGAUUGAUGUGAUUGCAUCUAUUGAUGAUUCAGUGGAUAAUUUGCUUGAAGGCACUUCACUGUGCUUAAGUGAGCCAAAGGAGACUACAACGGUACAAGGACCAAACACCACCCCACAUGACAGUGUCCCCACUCAUUCUGGCCCCUCAAAUGCAUCAGAUGAUUUUGAUUCAUGGUUUGAUUCCCUAUAGGGGAGAAAAAGGUUGGUGCUGUGAGGAAGUGAUGCCUGACUUGAGGGAUUCUUCUCUGUGACGCAAAGGUCCUUUGUGCCAUUAUUCACUCAAUUCUUGAAUCUAACUGGUAAACGUGUUCAGGGAGCUGUAUUUCAAAGUUCUCUCUCUUUUUUUUUUUAUGGAGGUCCACCAGAGAACUAUCUCUGUGUUAGGUUUUCAUGGGAAGUGAUGAAGUGGAUAGAGCAUUGUAUAAAAGCUAAAGGUCAUCUGUGCUGGUUCAUCGUGUGGUUCAUAUUGAUUCAGUUGGCUGGCUGCUGUGAAAUCUGAAUGGGAUAUGCACCUCCUUGAACUAAGCAUGUUUUUGCUGUUGUACCAUUAUCUGCGAACUGUUUCAGAAACAAACUAAUGCAAACAGUUCGCAGUUCGUGCCCCCUUCUUAGCAGUAGACUUAAGGGUGCGUUCCGGGAUUCGGUCUGUUUCCUGAUGCGCAAUUUGUUAUGCUACAUGUAAGCUAAACUGUACUGAGCUAGACGACUCAUAUGGUGGGACCCAAUCACCAAACUUCAAAACCUGCGCAACUAACAGUUGGUCCUUCUUAGCGUUGUCCUCUGAUUCAGAUGUUUAAUCUGUGUGCUACUCCCGCUGGCCAAUGAUUCUGUUGAAGACCACUUAAGAUGGGUUACUUCGUGGGCCACAAGCAUCUGGAAAAAGAAAGAAAAGGUAGAUCUCUGUUGAAAAGGUACGAUGUCUCGUCCUUCACCAGUUGUCGCUGCGAAACUGAUCUUUUCCGAACUGUAAAAUAAUUUGAUGAAAGCUUGCUUUUGACGUA